UCACGUCGAGAGCUCUUGACAUAUAGAUGAUUGUUAAUAUGUUAAAGUCGCAGGUUUUUAAUGCAUUUAGGUUAAUCGUUGUCGCAAACUGCAGACGAUCGUAUUUUUCGUAUAUCGCGAAAUUUAAUUUUAUAGAAACCGCAAAAAAGCAGCAGGUCAGAAAUUUAGGCAGCAAACGAUAUCUUCUGAAACAAGCAUAUUCAACAAUGAGUGACGACCUUACUUUAUAUACGUUACCCAACAAUCAGCCUGUUGUUGCAUUAGACUGUGAAACUGCAUUCAAAGCUUUGACACAAAGGGAAAAACUGUACGCUCAUUAUUUGAGCCAAGCAGCAUGGAACGGAGGAUUAAUAGUGUUGAUACAAACAUCGCCAGAGUCUCCAUUAAUAUUUGCAUUGUUACAUAAAAUUUAUCUCGCAGAAUCUAUAGAUGAAUUGAAAAAUGCUGCCACAUGUGCCAAUGUUGCAGAAGAUGAUUUUACAGCUUUUCUAGUUUACAGUUGCGGGAUAUUUGCCAAUGCAGGAAAUUACAAAGCUAUGGGCGAUACCAAAAUUAUCCCUAAUCUUCCCAAAAAAGCAUUUGAGACAAUGGUGAAGGUUUCAAAGGCCUAUAAGGAUAAUCCUGCAGAGGUACAAAAUAUUUGGGAUAAUAUAUCAACCACGCUGUAUUCCUUAGAUGGCAAGUUAAAAUCACUGGGAUUAAGGGAAAAAGGUAUCACAACUUAUUUCUCUGCAAAUUGUACUAAAGAGGACGCGAAUAGGGUCAAUGCAUUUAUGGAACAUAAGGGGCUGGAAUCUUAUAACGCAAGAUGCUUCAAGACGACAGUGCAGGAUUCUGCAGGUAAAUCUAUCGAUGUAUACGAAAUCAAACUGGCAUCUAUAGAGACUUUGGACGAUCCUAAAAUAACACUAUCUGAGGAAACAUAUGAGAAUGCCAGGUUUAAGAUUACAAGAGGAGAUUACAGCAAACUUUUGCUGCCUGUUGUGGAAAAUCUCAAGAAAGCCAAGGAAUAUGCGUCCAAUCAGACCGAAAAAGAUAUGCUGCACAAAUAUGUUGAACAUUUUAGAACGGGAUCUUUGAACGAGCAUAAGGAUGGCUCUCGUCUUUGGAUAAAGGACAAGGGACCAGCAAUCGAGACUUACAUCGGUUUUAUCGAGACGUAUAGAGACCCGGCGGGUCAACGAGGAGAGUUUGAGGGUUUCGUGGCGAUGGUGAACAGAGAAAUGUCCGCGAAAUUUGCUACAUUGGUCGACAGAGCCGAAGAAUUGAUUCCUAAGUUACCGUGGAACAGCGAUUUUGAGAAAGACACGUUCAUGAGGCCGGACUUUACCUCCCUGGACGUUCUUACGUUCGCGGGUUCUUGUAUUCCAUCGGGAAUUAAUAUCCCGAAUUACGACGAAAUCAGGCAGUCGGAAGGUUUCAAGAAUGUAUCUCUAGGGAACGUUUUACCCGCGCAUAUGAAAGACAUUAGCGUGAUUCCGUUUCUGUCUGAAACCGAUCAGGCGUUGAUGCACAAAUACAGGGUAACCAGCUUCGAGGUGCAAGUUGGUCUGCACGAGCUCCUCGGCCAUGGUACCGGCAAAUAUUUCAAGCAGACUGGGCCAGAUAGCUUCAACUUCGAUCGCGACACUGUAAGGAAUCCUUUAAACGGAGCCAAGAUAGACAAGUACUUCUUAAAGGGAGAGACUUACGACUCCAAAUUCGGCGCCAUGGGAUCUUCCUACGAGGAGUGCAGAGCAGAGGCGGUCGGUCUUUAUUUGAGCCUGGAGAAGGAAGUGUUGAGUAUAUUCGGUUACGAAGGACCUGUAGCCAAUGACAUAGUCUAUGUCAACUGGCUGUCCUUAUUGUGGGCUGGUUUCGCCAAAGCUGCAGAGAUGUAUCAACCCUCCACCGGGACGUGGUUGCAAGCUCAUGCUCAAGCACGCUACGUUUUGCUCAGAGUAUGCCUGGAGGCAGGACAGGACUUUGUCAACGUUGUCGAAACCAAAGAGGGAAAGGAUCUUCUGAUGACUGUGAAUCGAGAGAAGAUUUUCACAGUGGGUAAAAAGGCCAUCGGAGAUUUUCUCCUGAAAUUGCAUGUUUAUAAGAGCAUGGGAGAUGUCGAGUCGGCUAAGGAAAUGUAUGACGGAUAUAGUAAAGUGCCUGAAAGUGGAAAACAUCCGUGGGGUCGUUGGAGAAAUAUAAUCCUGUCUCGCAAGGAGCCAAGGAAGAUCUUUGUUCAAUCAAAUACAUUUAUUGACGGCUUCGACUCUAAUAAUGUGGUACUGAAGAAUUAUGAAUCCUCAUUUACAGGAUUUAUUCAAUCGUGGAUAGAAAGAUUUCCAAAUUUGGACACGUCUGAGACACUGAUAGAGCUUUGGAACAAAGAUAAGCAUCAUUUUGUAUCAACAAAUAAUUAAUCAGCACUUGUGUCUGUGGAUCCAAUUGUUGAAAUUUUAAAAAUUCCGUAUAGCUUCUUCAUAUUUAGUUAUUUAUAUGAAGCUAGACUAUAUAUUAUUAAAAAAUAAAUUUUGCAAUAUUUUACUUUUAAUAA